CCAAUUGACAAGAACUCCCGCCGAAGCCCCAAGGCCUGACCAGGUUCGGUGUGCGGCGCCCACUGCGGCCCGGGGCUCGAACGCUUAGCCCGGAGCGUCUGCCUCGGGGGCACCGUACACUGUUCAGCCGCCCCGCCGUGGGCCUGCGCUCGCGCUUUCUCGACGUCUCAGUCUAAGCCUGGCUUGACGGCCCUGGGCCCAGCCUCGCACUCGCGUCUGGCUGGUGGGUUCUCGGGGACCCGGGACGGACCCCGCGGUCCCGUAGCUUGCUCCCACUGGAUCGGCCGCUUCUAUGGCCUCCAGCCAGGCUGGGCCGGACCGCUGGAGGUCCUAGGAUCCGGGGCUCUGGGAGGCAGGGAUCAUGGUGGGGGUCCUGACCAUGGCGGCGGCUGCAGCUCCCCCUCCAGUAAAGGACUACGAGAUUGAGCCAUGCAAAAAGCGGAGGACAGACGAUGACAGCUCUUCCUGUGAGACAAUCACCAAGUAUUUAUCACCAGUAGGAAAGACUGGAGACAGAGUCUUCUCGCCGCCAAAAGCCAGUAAUAUUCUUCAUUAUUUUAGAAAGACUUCACCCUCAAAUGAGAAGUCGACAAAAGAGGGCAAGAUAAAGCCAUCUCCAUCACUGCUUGUUGACAACAGCAAAGACUGUAAAACACCUUUGGAAGUGCUCUCAAAUGUGGAAGUUAAGAAGAAAGGAAAGAGAGUUAAUUUAUCUCAUCAACUGAAUGAUAUAAAAAUUGAGUCGUCGGUGGGAAUUAGUGGUGAUCGUGAGGAGGACUGCAGUUUAAGUGAUUUUGUGGAAAGCAGCACUGAUGUUUUCCUUUACAAAAAACAUGUAGAGGUUCUUACAGAAAGCAUUCAAGACAGCAGAAACAAGCCAGUGACCCCCCCCAAAAGGUCCCGGAAAGUAUAUCCUAAACAAGACACCACAAAAAAUGAUGGCAAAAUGUUGAGAAAAAGGAAGCACAGCAAGCUGCUAGAUAUGUCUGAAAGUUUACCCUUGGCAGACGAAAUAAGUCAGCUUAAGAAAGGUGGCAAAGACAUUAAACAGACGAAACCUUCUGUGGCCGAUGAAAACACGAGGACUGCGAAUCAUGUGGACCCCAGAGCUUGUGCAACCAAAGUAGUUGAUUUAAACAAGAGUACAAUAACGGUCUCUUAUGAGGAAUUUUUAAAAAGUCACAAGGCAGCUAGAGUGGAAGAGAUACCUGACCCUGCAGUGCCAGCUUGUGUUCCUUCUGCACCUGGUGAAGCAGUCAAAAGUUCUGAAGGUGAAUCAGAAAGCUGUGAGUUAUCUCCACACAUACACCUUAAGACAGUUACUGUUCUUGCACAGGUUCACCCUACUCCCCCCAAAAAGAAAGGGAAAAUACCGCCAAUGUUCUUGAAACAGAAACAGCUUGAUCUGGAGAGUAGCCUCUCUGAUCCAGAAAAUGAGCACACAGCUCAGAAAAGGAAAUCGAAUGUUGUGAUUCAGGAGGGCCAGUUAGAACUGGCUGUGCUGGAAGCCGGGAGCUCUGAGGCUUUGGUACCAAAGUGCAGCAUGGAAGAGAGACAGCAGUUUAUGAGAGCAUUCAGGCAGCCGCCGUCAGAAAUGCUCAAAACUGGACUCAAGAGACCUUUGGAGAAGCAGAAAGACCCAAGUGAAAAAUCUGUAAAUGAAGACGGUGAUAACAGUUCUGAAAAAAUCAUAGAAAAUCCUAAUAUCCAGAUAGUUUUAAAUCAUGGUAGUUCACAGACACACACUGAUAAAGCAAGUUUUCCGAAGGAGAAAAGUAAAAAGUCAAAGAAAAAAGAUAGGAAAACGAUAGGCACUAGGACCACUCCAGGUGGAAACCGAGAAGAAAACAUGCAAAAGGAAAAAACAUCCUUUUCCUCAAAAGAUAAACCAAAACAAACUAGCCUUCGAAGGAGUUUAAGACAGAAGUCCGAAGUUUCCAAAAGCAAAUCAUUACUUAACAGUGAAAGUCUUGUUUGUGAGGAUACAGCACACAACUCUCUAGAAAUGGCUCUGUGUGACAGAAAUAAAUCAAGAAAACACAGCACACCAAUCAAGGAUAUGGUCACACAUUCCAAAGCUGAGCCUGAAAACAGGCUGCAGAACGUUUCCACACCCAAGCCAACCAGGAGAUCUCUAAGAGGUAGCAACACGCCUGCCACAGUCACCCUUAGAGGUACUGAGUCUGAGGAUGCCCAGGACACUAGUCCUGUGAAGCCUUCCACCCCAAAAGCAGCCAGCAUAUCAGAAAAACACAGCCUGUACACAGCGGAAUUAAUAACAAUACCCUCUGAUUCGGAGAGCCCCAUUAGAAUGAAAUUCACUAGAAUUAGUACUCCCCAAAAAUCUAAGAAAAAAUCCAAGAAAAUGUCUAAGAAAUCUGAAACAACUGAGGGAGAUCUCACUUCUCAGAAGAGAAAGGCAAACAGUACUUCAAAAAAUGUAUCCAAAGCAAAACAACUGAUUGAGAAAGCAAAAGCUUUCCGAGUCAGUGUAUCAAAGGCUGAAGAAACAGUGGUCCCGUUGAGGCGUUCCUGUAGGCACCAGACACUUCCUGAAAGGGAGAAGUCACCAGAGUCAGAUGAUUCUGUAAUACUAAUAGAUUCAAGUCCAACUUCUGUAAAGCAACCAGAGAAAAAUCAGAAGAAACUUAAGAAUUUGAAUGAUGUACUAGGAAAAAAACUUAACAAGCCUUCUAAAAAUAUCCCUGGAAAAAUGAAAAUUGCUCCUUUAUUUCUUGCCAAAAAGACUAAGAGAACAGCCAUUCCUGUCCUUGAUUUGGAUGAAAGCAGUCAAGAUUCAUCAGAACAAACUCAGGAUUGUGAUGUACAAUUUAAAGCAAAACGUGAUUUUCUACGGAGUGGUUUGCCAGAUUUACUGAAACGACAGAUUGCAAAGAAAGCUGCUGUACUAGAUGUUUACAAUGCAGUGAGUACCAGUUUCCAGAGGGUUGUUCAUGUCCAACAGAAGGAUGAUGAGUAUUGGUUAUGGCAUUUGAAGCCACCGUCUUGUCCUCUGUUAACUGAAUUUAAAGAAUUGAAUACUAAAGUAACAGAUCUCUCAAAAUGUGUUGUUGCUCUUGGUGAAUUUUCAACAUUGAAUUCAAAUCCAAGAAGUAAUUCUGCUGUUGUGUUGAUGAGGACAAGGAAGGAUUUUACUAAAGAAGUAAGAAAUCUUUUGCUGGAGGAAAUAACACAGUCAAAUCCUGAAUUUUCUUUAGGAAAAUAUUUUCCCUUGCUUCUAAAAAAAAGAAUUGAGCACCAGGUACUUUCUGAGGGUCAUAGUAAACAAGCAAGUCCACAAUUACAGCCUCGUGUCAGUCAAAAAGAAACCAAACGGAAAUGUGUGGAAACAGGAAAUCAAAAGUCAAAAAGAAAGAAACCAAAUGAAUAUUCAGUGAGCCCAGAAGAGAUAAAGGAGAAGUCAGAAGAUCUUGAGAAAAGAAUCAAUUCUUCUGGGAUAAAUCUAUAUUCUGCCAAAGGUUCUGGAACUGAAGACAUGCUUUGGACAGAAAAGUACCAGCCUCAGAAUUCAAAUGAACUCAUAGGCAAUGAGUUAGCCAUAAAAAAGUUAUAUAGUUGGUUGAAGGACUGGAAAAGAAGAGCUGAACUGGAAGAAAGACAGAAUUCGAAGGCGAAAAGAGAUGAAAAACAGGAAGAUUUGUCGGAUAGCAUGGACUUUAAAGGCAGUUCGGAUGAUGAGGACUGUCAUCUUUGCAACACUGUUCUUAUAACAGGGCCAACGGGAGUGGGGAAAACUGCUGCCGUGUAUGCUUGUGCCCAGGAGCUCGGGUUUAAGAUAUUUGAAGUGAAUGCCUCUUCCCAGAGGAGUGGUAGACAAAUCCUGUCUCAGCUGAAGGAAGCUACCCAGUCCCAUCAAGUAGAUAAACAAGGUGUAAACUCCCAAAAACCCUGCUUCUUUAAUAACUACAACCUUGGCAAGUCACCAAAAAAGUUAAAUUCCCCUGGGAAAGUUGUUAUAUCACCAAGAAAGCUUCCUCCGUCAUCACCAAAAGGAAGUGGGCAGAAGCGAGUGCUUCCCCCUAAAACUUUGGCAAAUUAUUUUAAAGUACCCUCCAAAUCCAAAAAUAAUGAAGAAGUAGGAGCACUCAUGGGAAAUAAUAAAGGAAUCAAAAAUUCUUCUUUGGAACAGAGGCAAAUUAUUCAGACUAAAUCAACAAAUGCAAAUAAUUCAAAUGUUAAAGAAAUCGGAGCUGAAGAAUCCAGUAGAAAGAAUGCAACAUCUCUCAUUCUCUUUGAGGAGGUUGAUAUCAUUUUUGAUGAAGAUACUGGGUUUUUGAAUGCAGUCAAAACAUUCAUGGCAACAACUAAACGUCCAGUAGUUCUUACUACAAAUGAUCCCACAUUUAGUUUAGUGUUUGAUGGCUGCUUUGAAGAAAUAAAUUUCAAUAUUCCUUCCCUGCUAAAUGUUGCUAGCUAUCUCCAAGUGAUCUGUUUAGUUGAAAAUUUCAGAACCGACUUAAAAGACUUUGUAACCUUGUUGACUGCAAACGCUUGUGACAUCAGAAAAAGUAUCCUGUACUUACAGUUUUGGAUCAAGAGUGGAGGUGGAAAUUUAGAAGAAAGGCCUUUGUCACAGUGUCGAGGAAAUAGCAGAAAUGUACUGAUGUGCUCUGAAGAUGGCACUGAUGCAAAAAUUAACUCUAAAAACAGCAGAAGGAACCGUGUAGCCCUCCCCAAAUGCGACACCGGCUGUGCAGAGGCUUUGUUUGGACUCACGAACAUUGCCUCUCCAUCCCAAGACUUAUUUUCACUUUUAAAGCACAAGGUCACAACAAAGGAAGAAUGGCAUAAACUCAUCCAGCUCCUGACAGAAUUCCACAUGCAGAACAUCGAUCUGUUGUAUAGUAACCUUGAGUUCAUCCUGCCAUUGCCAGUUACUGUCAUCCCAGAAAUAAAAGAUGCUCAUGGCUCCCCAGUGACGACAGAGGCCAGUGUACUAGGAAGCAAGGAGCAUCUUCCCAGGAAGCAGUCACAAGACCAGCAAUUUAAAAAAUCACAGAAAAGGAAACGGAGAAAGAUAGUGACCCUAGAUGACAGUGACUUAUUUGACACUGGACUGGACUUUCCUGAUGAACUGGCUGGCUUAUCUCCGGUGCCUUCUUUGGCUUUAGAAGACAUCACAAGCAGAGACAGAGAAGGCAACCCAGAGACACAGACACAAACCAAAAGUUUCACGUCUGACUCUGUGCCUCAACCUCCUAAGACACCAGCAGAGAAGAAGUGUUCUGUGCUCGUUUCCCACUGUUUAAAUUCUCUCACUGAGUUCAUGGAGAACAUGUCCUUCUUAGAUGCCCUUUUAACAGACCCCGGGGAACAGAAUGAAUUGAGUAAAAAUCUUUUUCACUGGACAAGCGGGAAGGUUAAAAGCGGACUUUGUGAUGAGUUUAGUAUUGAGAGUAGAGAUGGGUGGCCUCCUCAGAGCUCUGAAGAAUUAAAAGCAACUGCAGAAGCUCUCAGCUUUACUAAAUGUUCUUCUACCAUUUCAAAAGCAUUGGAGUCCUUGAAUUCAUGCAAGCACUUAGGGAGAGACUCCAUGAAUGGGCUCACUUUCUGCGUUUCACAAAGGUGCAGCGAUGUACGCUUCCGCCAGUCAGCAACUAAUCUAGACAAUGCUGACAAGAGGAUGGCAGUCAUUAAAAGAGUGUUUUCUAGUCGGUCUUUUCUGAACCUGGGUAAUAAGCAGGCAAGUAUACUUGACUACCUGCCAACUCUUCGGAACAUUUGUCGGACAGAGAAGCUAAAAGAACAAGGGAAAAAUAAAAGAAGGUUUCUGCACUAUUUUGAAGGAAUUCAUCUUGAUAUUCCUGAAGAGGCUGUGACUGCUUUGGCAGCUGACUUUCCUUGAUGUCCCCAUCUUCAGUGCCCUGGACGGAUGAUGGUGGUCCUUAAGACACACUAGAUUAUGAUUUUAAAGAAGAGCUUAUUUCUCUUAAUGUAAAUUUUUAAAAAGACUGUAUUUUUGUGGUUCAAGUAUUUAAAAUGAAAAAUUUGGGUUACAAACUGUAUAUAUGAUUGUGGCAUACUUUUUCCUGAAUGUUUUGUAUUAUCUAUUUUUGCUUUCUGUAUGUGUAGACGGUAGUGUUCAUGAAGAGAUUUCUAAAGCAGUUUCAGUGUUGAGCUCAUCCAUAAUUUUCCCUUCCCUUGGACCCUCCCUCUGCUCUCCAGCAUCAGAGCGUGCCGCCACCUGCAAGUCCCUAAAGCUAGCUGCACGGCACAAAACAGUUCCAGCAUUGAGCCAUCCAUGUUGGCGAGGUAAAGUAUCCUGAAGUCUAGUUUCCAUAAACCUUUCUUAGCACCCUGUGUAGGUAAAGUCUUAUGCAUUUUGCCAACUCAAUCAUUUGUGCAUUUUCUGGUACCUUUAUAUCAUGUUUUCUUCAUAAAUAUAAUGACAUUAAUUUAUCUAUUUUGGACAUGUUGUUGAUGGUUGAAGAAAUAAAGGAUUCUAACAUGGGGUUUCUACCUAACAGCUAUUUCCACUUAAGUUUGGUUUGGGGUUUUGUGGUGCUUAGGAUUGAGGUCUUUUGUGUUAUUGGCACAUGUCCUAUGUCCUUUGUCUUAGUAAACACAGUCUUGUUUUUGUAAUUAUUUAUGGUGCUACAGAUCAAACCCAAGGACUUGUGCAUUCCAGGGACACGCUUAGCCAUUGAGCUAGAACCCCCACUCUGUCUUUGAGACUGGGUCUGCUUAUAAUGCUUUGGCUGCCUGUAAACUCCUUCCAGACUUACGUGAAACUCCUCAGCUUCUCAAGCACCUGGGACUACAGGCACGUGCUGCCACACCCAGGAAGGCCAUGGGUUUUGUUUGUUUAUUUUUGUAAGUACCUAUUUUUACAUUAGUAGCAAGAUUUUAAAAUGUCACAUUUUAUUUAAUGUUAUUUUUCUGUCUCGGAUAAUCAGGAAUGUUUAAAAUUGCUUCAUAUUACACAUAUUUGUAUAAUAACAUAAUGUUCAGGUACAUUUUCUGAUGAAUUGUAUUUUUAACUCAAAAGCUAAGGAUCCUAGUUUUGUACUUUUUUAAAGUAUAGGUGCAUACCUGCUUACAAUGUGUGUGAAGAUGUUUUUACCUUUUGUUCAACCUACCUUUUCUUGUAUUAAUUAGCAAAUUGAUCUAAUUAAAA